CGAUUUCUUAACAGAUUUUAACAUUACGAUUAACAUAUCUUAAAGCAGUAUUCUGUGAUCAUGAAUGAAACUAAUCUUCACAAUUGAAUAUGUUUGAUAAAAAAAUAAUUAAUUUUAACUUUCAUUAAUGAGUAUAAUUUUCACUACUAUUGGUUUUUAUUGUGACACUAAGAGCACUUAAAACUUUACCUUCGACUACAAAAUUAAGAUGAUUACCAAUGUAAUCGUCGUGAUUUGUGUGUGUUUCUUUACAUGUGUACAGGCACAAUGCUGCAAAAGUCAGCACAUUUGUUUGAUGGCUUUCAUCAACAGUGAGGAGUCAAAUGAUGGAAUCUGUCGCGGAAUCAGCGGGUAUUUCAAAUGUUCCGUCAACAUAGAGAACACCGAGGCAGCGGAGUUCAAAUACAUACUAGAACUUUUGAUGGAAGAGGCGGAAGUGUUCCCUAACAACUGCUCUGUUGACAGUGAGCUCUCGUUGUUUCUAAACGAAGCGCCGGAGUAUUUGUCUGAGAUGCAACCGAAGAGCACACAUCAACGAUAUCCUGUCACAGCCAAUGUUUGUUUAACUACCUAUCUGGAGACAUUGGGGGCUUACUUUAACAAUCCGUCGCUAAUUUGUCAGGCACUCUCGGCAUUUCUCUACUGUAACCAAGUGACGCUAAACGAACCAAUGGAAACAGUGAAUGACGUCAUAGCCGUGUUUAAAGAAGAGCUCUCCAAAUUUCAAUUAAAUUGUGAAAUUACCAGCGAACUCAUCACAACGUCGUGUGAGACGGCAACCAAUGCAUGCCUAGUUGGAUAUUUUCAUACAGUUUUACAUAAUACCUGCAGUAUUUCACUCAAUGUUUAGUACGAACUACAUGCAGCAUAGAUAAAGUGACAGAUAUGAUAAGGCUUGUGGGAGAAUUCGAAAGUCAACGCAUUGGAUAUCAUUGUG